AUGGAUCCAUCGGAGAAGAAGAUCUCGGUGUGGAUCUGCCAGGAGGAGAAGCUCGUGUCGGGUCUCUCCCGUCGCACCACUUGCUCCGACGUGGUGCGAGUGCUGCUGGAGGACGGCCGGCGGCGGCAGAGGAGGCAGCGCCGGGGCCGGAGGAGGGGGAUGUCCGGCGACUCGUCCAGCCCGGAGGAGCUGCCGGAGGCUCUGGACGAGGAGGACGACGAGGAGGACGACAGCGAGGCGCCGCCGCCGCCGCCGCCGCCGGGCAUGCUGUGCGGGCCCCCGCAGAGCUACUGCAUCGUGGAGAAGUGGCGGGGCUUCGAGCGCAUCCUGCCCAACAAGACGCGCAUCUUGCGCCUCUGGGCGGCCUGGGGCGACGAGCAGGAGAAUGUGCGCUUCGUGCUGGUGCGCAGCGAAGCGUCGCUCCCCAACGCCGGGCCCCGCAGCGCCGAGGCGCGCGUGGUGCUCAGCCGGGAGCGCACCUGCUCGGCCCGGGGGGCCUUGCCGGCGCGCCCCAACCUGGCGGUGAUCCAGGAGAAACAGCGGCGGGUGGUCCGCAAGGCCUUCCGCAAGCUGGCGAAGCUCAACCGGCGGCGGCAACAGCAGCAGCAGCAGCUGCUGCAGCAGCAACUCUCGUCGCCUUCGUCGUCCACCGCCUCGUCCACCGCCUCCUCCUCCUGCUCGUCGUCGUCGUCGCCGUCGCCGCGGGCCGCCGAGAGCGCGUCGCUGGAGCACAUGGAGACGCUGGUGCAUUUGGUGCUAUCCCAGGACCACACGAUCCGGCAGCAGGUGCAGCGACUGCGGGAGCUGGACCGCGAGAUCGAUCGCUACGAGGCCAAGGUGCAUUUGGAUCGCAUGCGGAGGCACGGAGUCAACUACGUGCAGGACACGUACUUGGUGGGCGCAGGCAGUGAGGUCGACUGCCCAUGCCCGGAGAAGGAGGCGGCGGCGGCUGCGGCUGAGCCCCUGGACGGCGAGGCGCAGGCCGCCAAGCUGGAGGAGCUGGCCCGGCGCUGCAACGACCUGCUGCGGCUGCAGGAGCAGCGGGCCCAGCAGGAGGAGUUGCUGGAGCGCCUGUCGGCGGAGAUUCAGGAGGAGCUGAACCAGAGGUGGAUGCGGCGGCGGCAGGAGGAGCUGGCGGCGCGGGAGGAGCCCCCCGAGAACGGCGGCGGCGGCGGCCUCGAGGGCGGCGAGCUGUUGCUGGAGCAGGAGCGCGUCCGGACGCAGCUCAGCACCAGCCUCUACAUCGGGCUGCGUCUCAACACGGACUUGGAAGCCGUCAAGUCGGACUUGGAUUACAGCCAGCAGCAGUGGGACAGCAAGGAGCAGGAGUUGAAGCGUCUUCUCCAGACUCUGCACACCCUGGAACUGACAGUGGUGCCCGAUGGGGCGCCGGGCCCGGGAGCGUCUCCGCCCGAACCGAGGCCCCAGGCCUGCCCCGCCGACGUGUGGGUGGACCAGGCCCGCGGACUCGCCAAGAGCUGUCCCGGGAACGACGAGGACUCGGAUACCGGACUGAGUUCCAUGCACAGCCAAGACUCGGACUCGGUGCCCGUGUGCGAAUCGCUGGUGUAG